AUGGCUGGUCCCUCAUCAUCUCAUCAUGAAGACCGCGAGCGCGAACGUGAUCGCGACCGAGAGCGUCGUCACCGCGAACGCGAGCGCUCUUCCCACCAUCAUCACCGCACCAUCUCUUCCACUACCCUCCUACUCGUCCUAUCCCUCAUUCUCGCCGUCCUGGCUAUCAUGCUUUCCUUCCCAUCUGGUGGUUCCGGCGCUGCUGACGCCGCAGGUGGUGUCAUGAGCUACCUCACACCAAAGAGGACACAGGCGCUUAUCGCUCGCGAGAGCGCUGUCGCUGUUCGCGAAGCCGAAGUCGCCCGCCGUGAGGCUGAGCUCCUCGCUGGCGCGCCUGGUGGUGUCAUCCCCAGCCCUUCACCCGUCCUCUGCCCCUCGUGCGCAGCCACUACGGUUACCAUCACCGAAGCGCCUCCCGUCCAAACUAUCAUCAAGGAGGUGGUCAAGGAGGAAUCGUUGGCGCCUGCCGGAUGGGGUGGCCCACGUGCUGAAGAGAUUCUUGAUCGCGAGCUCAAGGUUGCCGAGCGAGAGAGAGAAAUCAGCAAGCGUGAAGAAAACGUCAACCGCCGAGAACACGAUGCCGCUCGCCGCGAAUCGUGGAUCAUGGAACAGCUUGUCGCCCUUGGAAACGAUAACCCACAAACAGUCGAGGAAGAAUAUGUCUAUGAUCAGCCUCCUAAGCGAAAAUCCAAGUACCAAGAGCUUCCUCCAAUUGUUGUUUCCGAAUACGCGUAUGAGACCGAAACCAAGACUGUCAUUCAAACUCAAACCGUCACCGUUCCUCCUCCCGCCAACACUCGUUUAGCUGCCUUCCCAACGCCCGAGGCCGGAAGCCCUUCGACCACCGCUGGCAGCCCCCGCACAACGGCUGUCGAAGUCAUCACAGAAGAGGUCGAACCCCGCAAGCAGAGGACUGUAGUGCGUGGACCUCCAAAACGUCCCCCAACACGCUGGUUCCCUGGCUGGUAA